AUGCCGGCGACAUCGACUAAGCGUCUACGCGAUCUGGGAGCCAUCCUCUUAAGCGGAACUGAACAGGAGCAGAUCAAGAUUAUUGCUGGUAUCAUCAUACGACAGGCACUAGAACAAGGGAUCGACUAUAGCAGGUUCUGGUCCACGGAAAAGGUCAGACACAGCGCGCCGGAUUUUCCGCUCGAAGCCGAUGCGGAGUGGAUGCAGAAGUUCCAGGGCUUUCUCGACAUUCUGAGCGAUCUGGCACUCGCGAGACCAACCAGUGAGCCCUCUGUCAUGUACCUAGUCUCAUUGUUCGCCACAGAUGGGUUCAAAUGGCGGGAGUCAAGCGCUACGUUCCCUGUCGCGCUCGUCGAGGCUGGGAUGCUGACCAUCAUCGCGCCCGAUGAGCACCUGAAAAACUGCCACUUUGUUGACAUACCAGUCGAGCACAUUCUGAACACGCGAUCAGAACCGUCGAAACUACACAACUCACAGGCUCAGCCUACAGAGCACGAACCAUGGGAUCUUGUCAUGACACUCACAUCCGAACCCUGGAGCUACCGUCUUGAUUCCACGCAACGCAUAGCGACUGACCUAUCGCUAAUGUUCAAGCAUUCGGGCGACGCAUUAGAGUGGGAGAGUUGCAUCAAAGCCCAUCAGAAAAAACAUGAGCCUCGUUCGAGAGUAUCCCGAAACUUGCCUAUCGAUGCGAGCUCGCCUUCGAUCCGAAAGUCAAUCGCAAAAAGAUCGCUUCGAAGUGGCUCCCAGACGCUUCGGAAAGAGCGCGUCACCUCCAAGAAACUUACCGCAGACAGUAGCGGUGCGACAGCCCUGCAACUCCCGUCACAGCAUCCAUCGUCGACAUCGAAACGCACGUACGGCAAGGGAAAGCUACCCCGUGUGUCUCGGGCCACCAAACAAGAUAUCUUCAAAAAGCUCAACUCGGAAGACGAAGCUCUCGAUGCGCUUAUAGAAAGCAAGAGAAAUGUCCGCAAUACUUCUUCGGACAUAUCGGGUGUUGCUUCAUCUCCCCGAAGAACUUUACGAAGCUCAAAGACUGCCUCGGACAAGGAGCCAGUCAAGACGAAGACUAAGGCACGCACAUUGCAUAACAAGAAUGGAGCAGACGACGACGAAGAUUUUAUACCAAGUCAGACGAGGCCGAAAACAAGGACAAACCCCAAACGCAAAGCAACACCAGAUCCCAUGACCGAUGAUAACUCGAGAAAGAGAUCCCGUAAAGAGCCGAACAAAGGUCCGAAGUCGACUGUGACCGGCGCAAAACAACAGGCGAAAACUCUUCCGCUGGCGAAACCAUCAAAACCUCCAUCAUCUGUCCCUUCGUCACGACACACCUUGAUCGGAGGACUUCUGGGUCUCCAAAGACCUGCCAAGAUCUCCGAGAGCCCGUUCAAGAAGCCAACGUUACCGGCAAGAGUCGCUCAAACACCGUCAACUCCUACCAAACCGAGUAGAAAGCCUGUGGGAGUACCAGUGCGGCCCCAACCCCCUGUGGAAGCACGGAGAUGUUCUGGAGAUGAUGCUUUGCACUACAUGGCAUCGUCACCGCCUGUGGCUGAUGAGGCCGAAGAGAAUGAUGAGUGGCAUCAUGCGACUGCUGUCGAGGCCGCAAUGCUCUCCAGCAACAGCAAACCUACCCCCGCGUCACCAAAUGCAGAAUCAACAGCGAUCUCUGGUCACGCUGAUUGUGAGGAUAUAGCAUCGGAGAAGAAGACAGGAGAUUGGCAGACCGCGAAAAGCGACCCCUUUGGCCGAAGAUCUGCUGGGAAGAAGGCCACAUCGUUCAUACGCCGACUGACUGGAGAAGAUUCGUCGAAGGAGGACAUAGCCCCUGAGAUUGACGUUUCAAACCAACGGCCUUUGCUAGUCGCUGGUUCUAGCGCCCCUGAAGCCUUACCUUCAAUUGCAACGAGCCGACCAUUCCUACAAAAGACGCCUUCGGGUGGGAAAGAGGCCAAGGUUGCGAGCCCUUAUACGGGCACAAUAGAUCAUCAGACACAAGAUUCGAGAGAUCAAGGAGGAGUGCAACAAAAAGACGACAUAAAGAGACGUAACGAGCAGGCUGGCACACAUUCAAAGCCCACAGCGCUAUCCAAAGGGAAGACAACGACCCCAAAGAUACCCGAAGAUGCGGCAGAAAACGAAACGACUGUACCCACCUUGCUCUUCAACUCGCAGUUCAUCGACACUACUCAGCCAACUGUUCAGGCUGACCAAGAAGCCACUGGAAGUACAAGGAACUUACUCGAAGAGACUCAGCAGACCGUGGACCAACCGCAACAACUCAACGAAGGGAUCCGGCAAUUGCACGAUGACGGGCCUAUCGAGCAGGCGUAUCACGAGGACGAUACUCUCAUCGGUGGCGGUGAAGACAAUCAGGAAGCCGACAAUGACUUCUUCGACGCUUCGCCAAUACACCUCCAAUCCUCCCCGCCAAAUUUAGGCUCUUCUAGUAGCCAUAGCUCAACCUCUGCCAUACGCGAGCCAUUGACGGACCCACCUCUACCAACAUCGCAAGCAGAAGAGAUGGACUGGGAGGCGAGUCUGCAGCCGCACCAGCGCGAUCUUCAUGAACUGAUGAUAAGGACUUCCAAGCGGGUUAUGCAGCACAUUGUCGGUAACGAGACUAGUGUAGACGACAUCGCUGAGAUGUACGCGCAGGAUGGCGAGCAUGUACUGAGCACCCUGAUCAAGCGACACGAUACCGACUACGAGGAUGUCUUCCAGGGUAUGGAGAGCACAAAGGGAAAACUCCGGAAAGAGCUUCAGCGCGCCGCCAAGCAGAUGGCCAAGGAUAGAGAGAGGGUUGAUGCAAUUGCUUGA